GUCAAUUACUUCCUGAAACAAAACGGUCUAAAAAUGCGGUCUUUUUUACCUGCAGUAGCUGAACAACUUUUACGAGACAUACAAAAAACCUAUCAGGAGACUUCCCAAAUUCCUGAUGACCUGCUUAUUGCGCUGAAGUUUGUCUUCGGGCCCUCUGCGCUGCAGGCUCUGGACCUUGUUGACCAGCACUCAGUCACCUGUGUGUCCUCUCCCAGUGGACGCAAAGCAUUUCAGGUAGUCGGAGGCUCAGGGCGUUUGUACACUUGCUUUGUGUCCUGUCACUACUGCCCGUGCCCGGCCUUUGCCUACACCGUGCUCCGCAGAAACGAGGGUCUGCUGUGCAAACACAUCCUGGCUGUCUACCUGUGUCAGGCCAUGGGUGUGACUCAGCAGGAGAGCGUGUCUGAUCAACAGAUGUCCAUGCUGCUCAGCGGGACAGCAGCCCCGUGACACCCAGACCAGACAACAAAAGACAACAACACAAAUACAGCAGGCAUCCAGUCGCCCACUCAGCCACAUGAAGAAGACUAACGCUGAGUUCAGACUGACUUCAGCCCUGCAUGAAACAAUGCAGCCUUCUCAUUCAUUUGGACGGAGCCGGUCUGGGGGCGCAGCAGGAGCGCCAACACUUGGCUCUGACAAAACAUAAAGAACAAAAUGCUCAGCUGACACUGAUGGGAAUGUAAUAGUUGAGACAUUUCAGUCAGUGGUGGCUCAACUGACAUUGGCAUCUAUAGAGCCACCCUGCUAGCAUUGCAAGCGACAAAACACAAAAACCUCAGUUAAGCUAAUUCCAAACAAAAACAGACAGAUCAGCUUCAAAGUCUUGGCAGAGCUACCAAAUUAAUUUUAAAGCUGGGGUAGGCAGUUUAUUUUGGUGUUAUAGGGCAAAAAUCUCACAUUAACCUUUGAGCAUAUUGUAAUUAAAGUGGUGUGAGAGAAAACUAGACCUCUGCACCUUUUCUUGGCUCUGUUUUCAGGCAGAAAUCUAGCUUGUGAUGGGACACUUCCGCCAGUCAAGAGUCAUUUCAGAGAGAGGACGUUCCUAUUGGUUCUUCUACAAAUGCAGAUGCAUGUGCAUGCCCCUUCUGUGAGAGCCUGAUUUACAGAGCACUGUAAAAAACUGUACACUGCAAAGCAACCCAAAAAACGAAGACAGACUUAUCAAAAGGAGAGUCUACAAGAGUCUGACAAUAAACAAAAUAAUACACAUGUCAGUAUCAGCAAAGCGUUUCAGAGAUGGAGAGAAAAUGUUGCUAAUGUUAGCCUUCUGCGAACGAGAGUCAAGGUUUUACAGCUGCACCUUGAAGCUCACCUUUAUGUAGCUAACAUUAAGUAGACCCUCCAUUCACAGUAGCCCUCUUUACACAAAGAUGGUGCUACGGGACCGCUACAAAGUCCCCUCUCUACGCCUCCUUUGAAUUUUUACACAGAACCAAAAGACGACAGCAUCAUUAUGCUCCAGUGUGCGCUUUAUAAACAAUAACAAUCAUUUACCAUCUCUCAUAUAUGGCGGCUGAUUUUGUUCUCUGCUCAAAGGGUGAGGAGCUCCCAAAUCUCAUUGUUUUGCCAAUAUGCAAACAUGUAUGGCUGCCGUUCGUUUAUUUUGAGUUAGGUGCUGACUGCCACCAGCUUCUUUUUGAAUUUCCCAUAGUGGGUCACACACAUAACAUGUCAUCAAAACGUCACAUCCGUCCUGCCUGUGGUCUCAUCUUAUUUAUACAGGCACCAAUUCCACCCUGUUAUAACCUCCUGAGGCGGCUUAAAGGCAAGACCACUCAGUCCCCUCAUUCCGCACUUGUACCAUAUGUACAGCACAGUGAGGCGGCAUGAGGCCGUGAUAUUCCCGUCUUGAACAGACAGCGUAAAAGAGGCUAGUGUGUCCUCUGUUUCACUCCCUGCAGCUACAGACCACCUUGCCAGAAGGAGAGAUGGUAGCUCUCAGAUCCCCAGUCAGCGGCUGCAGCAACCUGAAACCAGCCAGCUCUGAGGGAUCGUACAGCCUGGACUCCCUGCCAGAUCAACAAACUUUCUUUUUCUAUCGUUAUAAAGGUUGGACGUGGUGCUGCUGCUGUCCACCAGCCAGCAGUGACACCUGACGCUGGGGAAUUUGCUCUGGCUGAAUUCGAGCGAAUACCGCUGCCGACUGAGGUCCGUUUCAGUUGCCCUCCCCCCCUGAGUGCACAGUGCUCGGUACCAUUGGUUUAAGCACACAAAAUCCUAAUGUAUGAACCUUAGAUAUGUUUAGCUGAACUUGUAUCAUCACAGUGCAUCCUGGGGAGGAUAUACUCUGGAGCCAGUGGAAAUGACACCUCCAUUUUAAUUAACAAAGUAAAGCAGGACUAAACAGAUAAAGGGAGUUGUAUGCCACUUUGGUUUUCAUGUAAUUUCCAUUUCAAAAGGAAAUACAGUCCAACUGCAACACUAACAGAUGGGCUUAUUUAUAUCAUUUAAACCACUGAUUCCCAACUGGUAGGCCGCAGUCCAAAAGUGGGUCAUGUCAAGUUUGUUAAAAACACUCUAUUUUUAAGCUGAAAGCAGCAACCCUGCCUUCAUCAGUCAGACUGACUGAUGGGGAUUCGCUCUGUUUGUUUUCUUUUUUUAAGUGAUAAGUUAUAAGUGUGUUUGUGUUGUAACUAUUUGUUAGUUAUGGCAUUUUAAAAUGUAUCCUGGUUGUAUAUGAUUGCAUACUUGUACUGUAUGUAGAUACUGUGUAUGUGUUUUUAUAUUUUUCUGAUGUAAAGUCAUGUAUAGAUAUAUUUCUAAUUUCAUUAAUGUAAAUUCUGCAUCUGCGUUAUUAACUGCGAGCAUGAAUGUUAAUAAAAUCACACUAUUUUAAUGUUGCCCCUGAGCGUAUAUCGGCAUACUAUCAGCAAAGUAGCUGCUAUCUCAGGUAGUAUCUCACAUCCUGCUUCGCUUGAAUUCCUACAACAAACAUAUCGCUAAAAUUACACACGCCUCACUUGAGGUUUGAAGCCAGUCAACAUGUUUGUGCAAAUGUUUAGAUACUGUAAGCAGGCCACACUGAUGAAGCAUGCAGUGAAAGAAAGUGAAAGAAA